UAAUAUUUAAUAUACAAUUCCCGGCCCAGCGUUUGGUAGUGUCUUUCACAAGGAAAGCAUUAUACAGUGGAAUAUGUACAGGCUAGGUGAAGUGAAGCAGUACCUACAGUGCAGUAAAUAUUUAUCGCACAUUGGAUAGUCCACCAUUAUUUAUAUGGCACACGACAAAAACGAAACAUAAUCCUGGCGCUGAAAUCUACACUUCACCUCGCCUCCUCAUUAUCCUCGUUCCGCCCAGAAACUUCCCUUUCAACCAGGGUUUUUUUCUGUUAAGUGGACGGUGAAACUGCCUCAGGCGAUUCAAAGCGUCUCGUGUAAUUCCAUCCCUCAAAAAAUGAUAAUUGCGAGGGCAGCAGUCAUCAGUGAAAAUUAUGCAAAGGAUGGACUCACCGGCCGGAUGCAGUGUUAUAGGCAUAUCAGUGUGUCAUUAUUUACAAGGAUUUUAGGGUUAAAAAAUAGUGCAGUUGACCACAGGCACGGCCACUAAGCAUCUAGCAUUGAUGAUAGCUAGGUGUGUACGCCAGAUACGCAAGACUGCAAUUUGAGAGAAAUUUACAUUCCCAAUUUUUUUAGCGGUUCGUCGCGCAGUGUGAACGCUUUGUAGGCCUCCUUGCAAAUUACUUUGAACUGUGCGGACGAUUUCGUGUAUUUUUUUGGUGAAAUUCUAACACUGGAAAGUUGGAAUGAAUUUGUGUAUCUCCAUUUUGUUGGUCAACCGUGUCCUGAAUCGUCAGUCGUUUUGGUCAGUAUAGUUCUUCAUGGUUGUGACGAGCCUGGUUUUAUUGGAUUCUAUAUUUGCAUUGGUUGUACUGCUGAGUUUGUUUUGGAGUGUUCCAUUUCAUUGACUGCUAUAGCUACAGGUGCGAUUCGAUGCUUCACUGAUCAUAAAAGCGAGAAAGAAAUUGCACUUUGAAAAAAAAAUCAACCCCAAGCGGGGGCGACGGAUUACAAUAAAUAGUGCAAUUAUUGUGUGAGUUGUGUGGAUUAUCGUGCACUACGUGUGAUAACAUACAUAAUCCUGUAAAAAUCAGUGUGGUGUGCACCUAACUCCGAGACACAUCAUGAGCGGGCAGCAGUUUCCAAGUCGACCGUCGGGAGUACCGAUCACACCGCCCAAGCCAGGCCGUUACCAGCCCCCGACCUCCCCGCGGAACAACCCGGUUGCUGACGCUAGGCUUGCCUCGCCUGAAGACGCCGUAGUGAACAGCGUUAGUCCAAUACAGGCUAAGAUUCUGGAAGAGAACUUCAAGCAGAAUAAGAACAUGGAUGAGAUUACGCUGGAGAUUGUUGCUGCUGAGGCUGGGCUGUCUCCUCAAGAUGCAGCGAGAUGGUUUCAGAACAGACGAGCUUUAUGGAGACAAAACGAAGGCCUACAUCCGAAUAGUCGAACCUUGGAAGAAAUAUAGAAUACUAAUGGGG